AUGUAUCCCCCGUUGGACUACAUAGAGCACCGCCGCACUUGUGCCCGCAAGCAACAGGAACGCUCUGCACGGUUCGAUGCCCUCUCAGACGCCUACAGGGGCCCAUUGACCUCCCAGCAACGAUCCAUUCUCUAUGCACCCAUUGCAUCUCUCGUCAAGGACGUCCAGAACAAUGAGGUUUCCCCACUCGACAUACUCCGGACCUACGGCAAGACUGCAGCCAUCGCCCAGCAGCGAACCAACUGUGUGACAGAGCUUCUCAUUCCCGAGGCCGAGAAAUGGGCCACAAGUGAUGUCAACCUAAAGGGUCCUCUGGCAGGCAUCCCCGUGUCCCUCAAGGACACUAUCGCGGUUGGUGGCUUCGAUGUGACAGUGGGAUACAGCAAGUAUGCCUUCAAACCAUAUGCACAGGAUGGAGCACUCGUCAAGCUCCUCAAGAAGGCCGGCGCUGUUCCCCAUGUCAAGACAGCCCUACCAAUCACCUUGUUAAGUUUCGAGUCUACCAAUGAUCUCUGGGGGGUGGCCAAGAACCCACAUAAUUCAUUGUACAGCCCCGGUGGUAGUACCGGCGGGGAGGGUGCUCUGCUCGCCCUCAACGGGUCACGUAUCGGUAUUGGGAGUGAUGUCGCAGGUUCGGUCCGUGCCCCAGCUGCUUGGUCAGGCAUCAAUUCCAUCCGUUGCAGCACCGGUCGUUGGCCGAAAGUGGGCAUCGACACCUCCAUGCCGGGCCAAGAAGGCGUCCCUUCAGUCUUUUCGCCCAUGGCUCGCACUCUGGAUGACUUGACCUACUUUUUCCAAUCAUUCAUCGGCAUGAAGCCGUGGGAGGUCGAUUACACCGUCCAUCCCAUUCCCUGGCGGCAAGACAUUUACGACGAAACCGCAUCGAAAAAGCUGAGGAUUGGUCUUCUCGAAACCGACGGCGUCGUCCAACCUGCUCCUGCCAUUGCACGAGGCCUCUCGGUAACCGCCAGCGCUCUCCGUAAAGCAGGCCAUGAAGUCGUCCCCAUCCCGGUCUCCGCAUUUCCUCCCGCUGCCACACCGGCAUAUGGCCUUCAAGUCGCAUCGAUGCUUCUCUGUGCCGAUGGCGGCCGCACGUACAGAUCUUUCUUCCGCAGCUUCGAAACCAGUGACCCAGGCGCCGCGCAGAUCAGCUUCUACAUGUCCCUCCCACGACCGAUCAAAUACCUAUGGUACCUCUACACCCGAUACGUGAAACGCGAUCCGCUAUGGGCAAGCAUACUGCGGUACUUCCACCCGCUGACCGCCCAAGGCAACUGGCAGUGGGUGGCCAAGCGUGAAUCGUUCCGCAGCACUUGGUUCAACUGGUGGAGCGAGCCGGCCCAAUCUUUCGACUGUAUCCUCUGCCCUGGAAACGCAACGCCCGCUCUACCCCACAACGCGAUGCACGACGCCGUCUCGUCCUGCGGCUACACCUUCCUCUGGAAUCUGCUGGACUACUCGGCGGGAAUCGUGCCCGUGACCAAAGUUGAUGCCGCCAAGGAUGCGCUGCCCAAGCACUGGACACCAAGCAACGGUGUCGAGAAGGGCGCGUACAAGCACUACGACUCCGUGAAGAUGGCGGGCUUGCCCGUCGCCGUGCAGGUGGUGGGCAGGCGCCUGGCCGAGGAGAAGACUCUCGCGUGCAUGAAGGUCGUGGAGGACAGCCUGCGCAGCGACGGCGUCGUUUACGAGCAUCUCGACAUCGAGAACUUGCCGCUCCUGGAUUGA